AUGAAGCAGGAACCAGCAUUCAAUUUCCUGCACCAGCUGCAAAGGGGCAAAGGAAAUGCUGAGCUGGUGACUGAUCAAAGAGAAGCUGAGUCAGCUUUCAAGGGGCUGCUGCAGCAACUAGAGCAGAUCGACGAAAAGUUGCUUAAGAGCAUCGAGGAGGGAGCAAUCGACACGGGAGCGGCGCUGCCGAUGGCUGUUAAGUCUGCAGGGAGGUGGAUUGGGGUCGGGGUGGGCCUUGGAGUGGCUCUCGGCACGGGGUUGGGUUUGGGGGCGCUCGCACUCGCGUUUGCCGGCAAAGAGUACAAGGAUGUGGGGAAAGAUGGGCUUGAUGCCGUGAAGGACGAGGUAAAGGAGGUAGGAGCGGCGAUUCGGGACCUGAGCGGAAAGCAUUUGGAGGGGCUCACGCGAGUUGGCGGUGGGGCACGUGUGCUCGCACUUGCCUGCCUACUGUUCACGGGCGCACGGUAUCUGAGGUAG